AUCGUGCUCGUCAUCUUCACUGUCACACGCUACCCACCUUCCAUCGACGGACCCAAACCCACCAGCUGCACGUACGAAUUGAGCAGCAGCUCCCGUCGACCGAUCGAGAACCUCCAGUAGCCGAGCCUACAACCCACAACAGCCGUCAACAUGCCUCCAGCAGGCGGUAGCUCCAGGAAGAUCUCCUUCAACGUCUCAGAGCAAUACGAUAUCCAGGAUGUCGUAGGAGAAGGUGCAUACGGUGUUGUCUGCUCCGCGCUGCACAAGCCCUCCGGUCAGAAGGUGGCCAUCAAAAAGAUUACGCCAUUCGACCACUCCAUGUUCUGUCUGCGAACACUGCGAGAGAUGAAGCUGCUGCGGUACUUUAAUCAUGAGAACAUCAUCUCGAUCCUCGACAUUCAGAAGCCUCGGAACUACGAGACGUUCACUGAGGUCUAUCUCAUCCAGGAACUCAUGGAGACCGACAUGCACCGCGUCAUCCGCACACAAGAGCUGUCAGACGAUCACUGCCAGUACUUCAUCUACCAGACGCUGCGCGCUCUGAAGGCUAUGCACUCGGCGAACGUCCUUCACCGCGACCUGAAGCCCUCCAACCUGCUCCUCAAUGCGAACUGCGAUCUCAAAGUCUGCGAUUUCGGUCUUGCACGAUCCGCCGCCUCUACUGAGGACAACUCUGGUUUCAUGACAGAAUAUGUGGCCACGCGUUGGUACCGCGCGCCGGAGAUCAUGCUCACCUUCAAGGAGUACACAAAGGCCAUCGAUGUGUGGAGUGUUGGCUGUAUCUUGGCUGAGAUGCUGAGUGGCAAGCCGUUGUUCCCUGGAAAAGAUUACCACCACCAGCUCACAUUGAUUCUCGACGUUCUCGGUACGCCCACCAUGGAAGACUACUACGGCAUCAAGUCUCGUCGCGCUCGUGAAUACAUCCGCUCGCUUCCCUUCAAGAAGAAGAUUCCAUGGAAGGCUAUGUUCCCUAAGACCAACGAUCUUGCGCUUGAUUUGCUCGAGCGGUUGCUUGCAUUCAACCCGGUCAAGCGUAUCACAGUCGAGGAGGCUCUUAAGCACCCAUACCUCGAGCCCUAUCACGACCCUGAUGACGAGCCGACCGCCGACCCCAUUCCUGAGGAAUUCUUCGACUUUGACAAGAACAAGGACAACUUGACAAAGGAGCAACUGAAGCUUCUCAUCUACCAGGAGAUCAUGCGAUAAGCUCGUCUCGAUGAU